CCGGCACCGCCGAACGCGACUGCACGGGACCCUCGCUCCGCACCCCGCACCGGACCCUCGCUCCGCACCGGACCCUGCCACGCUGCUCGCUCCGGGACCCACCGGACCCUACUCCGCACCGGGACCUACCGGGAGUCUCUCCGGACCCCACAGCCCGCCCGGAGCCGCUGCCCCGCACCGGGAUCCACACCGGGAACCGACCCGUGACCCGCCGGGCACCGGUCCGGACCCCGCCGGGAGCCGCUGCUCUGCACCAGGAACCGACUGGGAUCUGCCGGGAAUCGGUCCGAGGACCCAUCCAGACCCCAGGUCCCUCGGGGUUCUACUCCAGACCGCGGGAAUUUGCACCGGGACUGAUCCAGGGCACCAGGACUGACACCGGGAACUGGGACCCUGUUUUGGGAACCGGGAUCGAGCCAGGGACUGACCCAGGACACCAGCACCGGGAUUGACUCUGGGAACUGCGACCCUGUCCCCUAGCACCAAGUUUGCCACCAGGAACUGGGACCCCCACCCCGAGCACUUGCAUUGACCCAGGAUACCCUUGGGACACCAGGACCUAUCCAGGAACUCCAGCCCAGGCACCGGGAUUGACUUCAGACUCCACGCAGGACCCCCUUUACAGACACCAGGAGUGACCUAGCGCCUUCACCCAGGACACCAAGACCCAGCUUGGUCUACAGCCCUACCAGCAGGAACCCACCAGGACCCACCACCACCACUACCAUGAACUCCAACUAUGAGGUGCAGACAACCGAGGAGCCGGAGGAGCUACCGGCCACCGAGAAGGACCUUGCAGAGGAUGCUCCCUGGAAGAAGAUCCAGCAGAACACCUUCACCCGCUGGUGCAACGAGCACCUCAAGUGCGUGCACAAGCGGAUCGGGGACCUACAGCGGGACCUGAGCGAUGGGCUGCGCCUCAUCGCCCUCCUGGAGGUUCUCAGCCAGAAGAAGAUGGGACGCAAGUACCACCCGCGCCCCAACUUCCGACAGAUGAAGCUGGAAAACGUCUCCGUGGCCUUGGAGUUCCUGGAGAGGGAGCACAUCAAGCUGGUGUCCAUCGACAGCAAGGCGAUUGUGGAUGGGAACCUGAAGCUGAUCCUGGGGCUGAUCUGGACGCUGAUCCUGCACUACUCCAUCUCCAUGCCUAUCUGGGAGGAGGAGGAGGAGGAUGAGGCGCGGCGGCAGACGCCAAAGCAACGCCUGCUAGGCUGGAUCCAGAACAAGGUCCCCCAGCUGCCCAUCACCAACUUCCACCGUGACUGGCGUGAUGGGAAGGCAUUGGGAGCACUGGUGGACAACUGUGCCCCAGGUUUGUGCCCGGACUGGGAGAAUUGGGACCCUGCGCAGCCGGUGCAGAACGCGCGUGAGGCCAUGCAGCAGGCGGAUGACUGGCUUGGUGUCCCCCAGGUGAUCGCUCCUGAGGAGAUUGUGGACCCCAACGUGGACGAGCAUUCGGUGAUGACAUACCUGUCCCAGUUCCCCAAGGCCAAGCUCAAGCCAGGGGCCCCCCUGCGCGCCCGACAGCCCCAGCCCACGCGUGCCCGAGCAUAUGGGCCCGGCAUUGAGCCCCAUGGGAACGUGGUGCUGAGGCCAGCGCAGUUCACUGUGGAGACCCUGGAGGCAGGGGUAGGCGAGGUCCUGGUCUACGUGGAGGACCCUGAAGGCCACACUGAGGAGGCCAAGGUGGUCCCCAACAAUGACAAGAAGAGGACAUACAGUGUCACUUAUGUCCCUAAGGUUGGGGGGCUCCACAAGGUGACAGUGCUUUUUGCGGGGCAGAACAUUGACAAGAGCCCCUUUGGGGUCAAUGUGGCCAUGGCCCUGGGCGACGCCAGCAAAGUGACAGCUCGUGGGCCUGGCCUGGAGCCUGUGGGCAAUGUGGCCAACAAACCCACCUACUUCGACAUCUACACCGCAGGGGCUGGCCCGGGCGAUGUAGGGGUGGUGAUCGUGGACCCCCAGGGCCGUCAGGACACGGUGGAGGUGAUGCUGGAGGACAAAGGAGACAACAUCUUCCGCUGCACCUAUCGGCCCGUGCUGCAGGGGCCACACACCAUCUGUGUCACCUAUGCUGGUACCCAGAUCCCCAAGAGCCCUUUCACUGUCAACGUGGCUGAAGCGUGUGCACCGUCGGUGUGCCGGGCCUCGGGCCGGGGGCUGCAGCCCAAGGGCGUGCGGGUGCACGAGGUGGCAGACUUCAAGGUGUUCACCAAGGGCGCUGGCACCGGGGAACUGCGCGUCAGCGUCAGGGGGCCUGCGGGCACAGAGGAGCCGGUGUCUGUGCGUGACAUGGGAGACGGGGUCUAUGAGUGCGAGUACAGCCCGGGUGUCCCGGGCAAGUAUGUGGUGGCCAUCACGUGGGGUGGCCAUGCCAUCCCCCGCAGCCCAUUUGAGGUGCAGGUGGCACCAGCGCCGGGCAGCCAGAAGGUGCGGGCAUGGGGGCCAGGGCUGGAGGGCGGCGUUGUCGGGCGCUCAGCUGACUUUGUGGUGGAGGCCAUUGGCACCGAAGUGGGGACCCUGGGAUUCUCCAUCGAAGGCCCCUCGCAGGCCCGCAUUGAGUGCGAUGACCGUGGGGAUGGCUCUUGUGACGUGCGGUACUGGCCCACCGAACCAGGCGCCUAUGCUGUCCACGUGGUUUGUGAUGAUGAGGACAUCAAGGACAGCCCAUUCAUCGCCAACAUCCUGCCGGCCCCCAAUGACUGCUGGCCUGAGAAGGUGAAGGCCUUUGGGCCAGGGCUGGAGCCCACUGGCUGCAUUGUGGAGCACCCAGCCGAGUUCACCAUCGACACCCGUGGUGCCGGGAAAGGCCCCCUCAAGCUCUAUGCACAGGAUGCCGAGGGCUUCCCCAUCGACAUCAAGGUGAAGGACAAUGGGGACGGCACCUACAGCUGCGUCUACGUGCCCACCAAAGCCAUCAAGCACACCAUCAUCAUCACCUGGGGGGGUGUUAACACCCCCCGCAGCCCAUUCCGUGUGAACGUGGGUGAGGGCAGCCACCCUGGCAGGGUGAAGGUCUAUGGGCCAGGCGUGGAGAAGACAGGGCUGAAGGCCAACGAGCCCACCUACUUCACCGUCGACUGCAGCGAGGCCGGGCAGGGUGAUGUCAGCAUUGGGAUCAAGUGUGCUCCUGGUGUGGUGGGGCCGCUGGAGGCCGACAUUGACUUUGACAUCAUCAAAAAUGACAACGACACCUUCACGGUGAAGUACACACCACCGGGCGCUGGGCUUUACACCAUCAUGGUCCUCUUCGCCAACCAGGAGAUCCCCAGCAGCCCCUUCCGCAUCUCAGUGGAGCCGGACCACGACGCCAGCAAGGUCAAGGCUGAGGGACCUGGGCUGAGCCGCACUGGGGUGGAGGUGGGGCAGCCCACGCACUUCACAGUGCAGACACGGGGCGCGGGCAAGGCCCCCCUGCGGGUGCAGUUUGGGGGCGCAGGGCCUGGCCCCGCUGUGCGCGACUUCGAGGUCAUCGACAACCACGAUUACUCCUACACUGUCAAGUACACCCCCCUGCAGCAGGGCCCCCUCUCCGUUGCUGUCACCUAUGGGGGGGACCCCAUCCCCAAGAGCCCCUUCCCUGUCACCGUGGCCCCUCCCCUGCAGCUUGGCAAGGUCCUGGUGCAGGGGCUCAGCAACAAGGCAGAGGUGGGGCAGGUGCAGGAGUUCGGGGUGCAGACACAGGGCGCGGGAGGCCAGGGCCGUGUGGGGGUGCAGAUCACAGGCCCCUCGCGCCGCCCUGUGCCCUGCAGGGUGGGCACGGCCCCCCCUGGUGCCCCCCACCCCGUGUCCUGGACCCCCCCUGAGGAAGGGCCCUACCGCCUCGACGUCACCUACGAUGGCCACCCAGUCCCCGGAAGCCCUUUCACCGUCGAAGCAGCGCUGCCCCCCGACCCCACAAAGGUUCGUGCCUUUGGGCCAGGGCUACAGGGGGGCCGUGUGGGGGUCCCAGCACCGUUCACCAUUGCCACAAAGGGCGCGGGCGCCGGGGGGCUGGGACUGACGGUGGAGGGUCCAUGUGAGGCCAAGAUCGAAUGCCAGGACAACGGUGACGGCUCCUGCGCCGUCUCCUACCUCCCCACCGAGCCUGGCGACUAUGCCAUCAACAUCCUCUUCGCUGACCGCCACAUCCCCGGCAGCCCCUUCAAGGCCAAGGUCACCCCUGUCUUCGACCCCACUAAGGUGACAGCUAGCGGGCCCGGGCUGGAGCGCGGCAAAGCCGGUGAGGUGGCCACCUUCAUGGUGGACUGCUCGCAAGCGGGCGAGGCUGAGCUCACCAUCGAGAUCAGCUCAGAGGCAGGUGUCAAGGCCGAGGUGCUCAUCCAGAACAACCGCGACGGCACCUACGCCAUCACCUACACCCCCGCCUGCCCUGGUGCCUAUACCAUCACCAUAAAGUAUGGUGGCCACCCUGUCCCCAAGUUCCCCGUCCGCGUCACUGUUGAUCCUGCGGUUGACACCAGCGGCGUCAAGGUCUAUGGCCAAGGCGUGGAGCCGCGAGGGGUGCUGCGUGAGGUGGGCACGGAGUUCAUGGUGGACACGCGGGCGCUGUCCCGGACCGGGGGCCCCCACGUGGGGGUGCGGGUGCUGAACCCCUCAGGUGGCACCACUGACACUCGUAUCACCGACCGUGGCGAUGGCACCUACCGCGUGCAGUACACGCCCUUCGAGGAGGGCAUGCACCAGGUAGAGGUGACCUAUGACGACGUGCCAGUCCCCAACAGCCCCUUCCGUGUGGCAGUGGCCGAGGGCUGUGACCCCAGUCGUGUGCGGGCACAUGGGCCUGGCCUGGAAGGUGGGCUAGUCGGCAAGGCCAACCGCUUCACCGUGGAGACCAGGGGCGCGGGCACUGGGGGGCUGGGCUUGGCCAUCGAGGGCCCCUCCGAGGCCAAGAUGUCCUGCAAGGACAACAAGGAUGGAAGCUGCACAGUGGAGUACAUCCCCUUCACUCCUGGGGACUACGAUGUCAACAUCACCUUCGGUGGCCACCCCAUCCCUGGGAGCCCCUUUCGGGUGCCAGUGAAGGACAUGGUGGACCCCAGCAAGGUGAAGUGCUCAGGCCCAGGGCUGGGACCCACCGUCAGGGCCCGGGUGCCCCAGACCUUUACAGUGGAUGCCAGCGCUGCGGGGUUGGCGCCCCUUGAGGUCACCCUGCUGGGACCCUCUGGCCUGGCAGAGCCGGUGGAGGUGCGUGACAAUGGUGACGGCACCCACAAGGUUAACUAUACUCCGGCCACUGAUGGGCCCUACACCCUGGCCGUCAAAUACGCUGACCAGGAGGUGCCGCGCAGCCCCUUCAAGUUGAAGGUGGUGCCAGGCCAUGAUGCCAGCAAGGUGCGGGCGAGUGGGCCAGGGCUGAGCGCCAGCGGCAUCCCCGCCAGCCUGCCCGUCGAGUUCACCAUCGAUGCCCGUGAAGCUGGAGAGGGGCUCCUCACCGUCCAGAUCCUGGACCCUGAGGGGCGCCCCACGGAGACGGUGCUGCGAGACCAUGGGGACGGCACCUUCGCUGUGGCCUACGUGCCGGCUGUGCCAGGGCGCUAUACCAGCACCAUCAAGUAUGGCGGCGACGAGAUUCCCUGCUCGCCCUUCCGCUGCCUUGCAGUGCCCUCCGGCGAUGCCAGCAAGUGCCUCGUCACAGUCUCCAUUGGGGGUCACGGACUGGGCGCCUGCUUGGGCCCCACCAUCCAGAUUGGGGAAGAGACAGUGAUCACAGUGGAUGCCAAGGCCGCUGGGCAGGGCAAGGUGACCUGCAAGGUGUCCACACCUGACGGGGCUGAGCUGGACGUGGAUGUGGUGGAGAACCACGAUGGCACCUUUGACAUCUACUACACUGCACCUGAGCCUGGCAAAUACGUCAUCACCAUCCGCUUUGGCGGCGAGCACGUCCCUAACAGCCCCUUCCACGUCCUGGCCACAGACGAGCCCCCUGCCACUGCUGAGAACCUCCGGCCCUUCAACCUGGUCAUCCCCUUCACCGUGCAGAAGGGCGAGAUCACAGGUGAGGUGCGAAUGCCUUCGGGGAAGACAGCGCGACCCAACAUCACCGACAACAAGGAUGGGACAGUAACGGUGCGCUACGCCCCCACUGAGAAGGGGCUGCAUGAGAUGGACAUCCGCUAUGACGGCAACCACAUCCCUGGGAGUCCUCUCCAGUUCUACGUGGAUGCCAUCAACCCCCGGCAUGUGAGCGCCUAUGGGCCAGGGCUGAGCCACGGCAUGGUCAACAAGCCGUGCACCUUCACCAUUGUCACCAAGGACGCUGGAGAGGGUGGGCUGUCAUUGGCUGUGGAGGGUCCUUCCAAGGCAGAGAUCACUUGCCAGGAUAACAAGGAUGGGACCUGCACAGUGUCCUACCUGCCCACCGCACCCGGGGACUACAACAUCAUUGUCCGCUUUGAUGACAAGCACAUCCCAGGCAGCCCCUUCACUGCCAAGAUCACCGGGGAUGACUCCAUGCGGACGUCCCAACUCAACGUGGGCACCUCGACGGAUGUCUCGCUGAAGAUCACGGAGACUGACCUGAGCCUCCUGACUGCCAGCAUCCGUGCACCGUCAGGCAACGAGGAGCCUUGCCUGCUCAAGCGUCUGCCCAACCGCCACAUCGGCAUCUCCUUCACGCCCAAGGAGGUGGGCGAGCAUGUGGUGAGCGUGAAGAAGAGUGGACAGCACGUCACAAACAGCCCCUUCAAGAUUCUAGUGGGGCAGUCAGAGAUCGGGGAUGCCAGCCGGGUGAAGGUGUGGGGCAAGGGGCUGGUGGAAGGGCACACCUUUGAAGUGUCAGAGUUCAUCGUGGACACACGCAGUGCUGGCUAUGGCGGGCUGGGCCUGUCCAUCGAGGGCCCCAGCAAGGUGGACAUCAACUGCGAGGAUGUGGAGGAUGGCACCUGCAAGGUCACCUACUGCCCCACUGAGCCUGGCAACUACAUCAUCAACAUCAAGUUUGCUGACAAACACGUUCCAGGAAGCCCAUUCACGGUGAAGGUGACAGGUGAGGGGCGGAUGAAGGAGAGCAUCACACGCCGGCGCCAGGCACCCUCCAUUGCCACCAUCGGCAGCACCUGUGACCUCAACCUCAAAAUCCCAGGGAACUGGUUCCAGAUGGUGUCAGCGCAGGAGCGCCUGACGCGCACAUUCACACGGAGCAGCCACACGUACACACGCACUGAGCGCACCGAGAUCAGCAAGACGCGGGGUGGAGAGACCACGCGUGAGGUGCGGGUGGAGGAGUCCACGCGUGUCGGCGGGGACCCAUUCCCCAGUGUCUUCGGGGGCUUCCUGGCCCGCGAGGGGCUUGGCUCCUUCGGCUCCAUCGCCCGCGCCCAGGAGGGCGAGGCAUCAGCGCAGGAGCUGUCAGCGCAGGUGCUGAGCCCCUCAGGGCAGCGCUUCGAGGCAGAGGUGGUGGCGGGAGGCGCAGGAGCAUACAGCGUGCGCUUUGUGCCCCAGGAGAUGGGGCCCCACACCGUCAGCGUUAAAUACCGCGGGCAGCACGUGCCAGGCAGCCCCUUCCAGUUCACUGUGGGACCCCUGGGCGAGGGGGGCGCCCACAAGGUGCGGGCAGGGGGCACUGGCCUGCAGCGUGCUGUGGCCGGCAUCCCAGCCGAGUUCAGCAUCUGGACACGUGAGGCGGGCGCUGGGGGCCUCUCCAUCGCGGUCGAGGGGCCCAGCAAGGCCGAGAUUGGCUUCGAGGACCACAAGGAUGGCUCCUGUGGCGUCUCCUACCUCGUGCAGGAGCCCGGUGACUAUGAGGUGUCCAUCAAGUUCAAUGACGAGCACAUCCCUGACAGCCCCUUCAUUGUCCCCGUUGCCUCCCACUCCGAUGACGCCCGGCGCCUCACAGUCACCAGCCUGCAGGAGACAGUGAUGGUGAACCAGCCGGCAUCCUUCGCGGUGCAGCUGAAUGGGGCACGUGGCGUCAUCGAUGCCAAGGUGCACACGCCCGCCGGCACCGUCGAGGAGUGCUACGUGUCUGAGCUGGACAGUGACAAGUACUCAAUCGGGUUCCUGCCACGGGAGAAUGGUGUCCACUCCAUUGACCUGCGCUUCAACGGGCGCCAUGUCCCGGGCAGCCCCUUCAACAUCCGUGUGGGCGAGCAGAGCCAGGCCGGUGACCCAGGGCUUGUCACUGCCUACGGGCCUGGCCUCGAGGGCGGUCUCACAGGCGUGUGCUCAGAGUUCCUGGUGAAGACGGCCAAUGCCGGGGCGGGUGCGCUGGCCGUUACCAUCGAUGGCCCCUCCAAGGUGAAGCUGGACUGUGUGGAGUGUGCUGAGGGCCACCGUGUCACCUACACCCCCAUGGCCCCCGGCAACUACCUCAUCUCCAUCAAGUACGGCGGCCCCCACCAUAUCGUUGGCAGCCCCUUCAAGGCCAAGGUCACCGGGCCACGACUCUCAGGGGGGCACAGCCUGCACGAGACCUCCACGGUGCUGGUGGAGACUGUGACACGAGGGACGUCAGCGUCAUCGGCAUCGGGGGCAUCACGGGGCACACCUGCUUUUGGGGGGCUCCCCAAGUUCUCAUCGGAUGCGGGGAAGGUGGUAGCCCGCGGGCCCGGGCUUUCAACUGCCUUCCUAGGCCAGAAGAACCAUUUCACAGUUGACUGCAGCAAGGCUGGCACCAACAUGCUGAUGGUGGGGGUCCACGGCCCCAAAACCCCCUGCGAGGAGGUGUACGUCAAGCAUGUGGGCAACCGCAUCUACAAUGUCACCUACACUGUCAAGGAGAAGGGCGACUAUGUCCUCAUCCUGCGCUGGGGUGAUGACAAUGUCCCCGGCAGCCCCUUCCGUGUCACUGUCCCCUGAACCCCCUCAAGCCCCCAAACUGGGGCUGCAGUGCCCAAAGAGGGCCUGGGCCCACAAUAAAGCACUAGGAGGCUC